AUGGGAAUACAUUUUGUUGGACUUUUUUUUGUGAUAUUUACUUCUUUGAGUGGUUUCAGAUUGGGAGUAGAAGCCUUGAACAUGAAUUACUACUUGUUGAGCUGCCCUGUUGUUGAACCUGUUGUUAGGAACAAAGUCAGCAGAGCCCUGCAAUAUGAUCCCACCCUAGCAGCUGCUCUUGUUAGAUUGCAUUUCCAUGACUGUUUCUUACAGGGAUGUGAUGGGUCAGUUCUGAUUGACUCCACUAAGAAUAACACAGCAGAAAAGGAUUCACCUGUAAAUUUGAGCUUGAGAGGCUACCAAGUCAUAGAUGACAUCAAAGAAGAGCUAGAAAAAAAAUGCCCUGGAGUGGUUUCAUGCGCUGAUAUUCUUGCAAUGGCUGCUAGAGAUGCAGUUUUCUUUGCUGGGGGUCCAGUGUAUGACAUACCAAAAGGAAGGAAGGAUGGAACAAGGUCCAAAAUUGAGGAUACUCAUAAUCUGCCACCCCCCACCUUCAAUGUUUCUGAGUUAAUCAAAAUGUUUGGUGAACAUGGAUUUUCUGCCAAAGAGAUGGUGGCUCUCUCUGGAGCUCACACAUUAGGAGUGUCAAAGUGUGUUUCUUUCAAGAAUAGGCUGACCCAAGUGGAUCCAACUUUGGACUCAGAAUUUGCAAAGACACUGUCCAAAAUAUGCAAUGCUGGAGACACUGCUGAGCUGUCCUUUGACACCACAAGGAAUGAUUUUGAUAAUUUAUACUUCAAAACUUUGGUCACAAACAAAGGGGUUCUUACAUCAGACCAAACACUGUACACUAUCCCAAAGACGAGGAACAUUGUGAACUCUUAUGCUAUGAAUCAAGCCUUGUUUUUCUUAGAUUUCCAACAAGCAAUGGUGAAGAUGAGCAUGCUCGAUGUCAAAGAAGGUUCCAAUGGGGAAAUACGAGAAAAUUGCCGUAAAAUAAACUGAAUUAUUGGUU